AAGAUGCACAGUUUGUUUGUCAGUGCGUACGGGUAGAAUUUGUAGCAAAUUGUUAAGUCAUAGCUUUUGUGCAUAUUUUUCAGAACGAGUUUUAGUCUACGUUUCAAGCUUUAAUAAUUUUAUUCUAUUACAAUUAUUUGCAAAAAUGGCUCGUCAACUGACAAAACUUGGAUAUUUGGACGUAAAGAAAACUCUUUUCAUGCUCUGUGAUCUACAGGAUAAGUUUCGACCCGGCAUGAAAUUAUUCGACCCUGUGGUUAAGAACACCAGCAAGCUGCUACAAGCUGGAAAAGCUUUGGAUGUCCCACUGAUUGUCACCGAGCACUAUCCGGAAAAGUUGGGCCACAUUGUCAAGGAUUUGGACAUCAAGCACGCCAAAGGAGUCUUCCCGAAAACUCUAUUCAGCAUGAUGACCCCUGAAGUUCAGAACAAGAUUAAGGAACUGUUCCCCACCAACCUGGAAACGGUUGUACUUUUUGGACUGGAAUCGCACAUUUGCCUGGAACAAACCGCAAUGGACCUGAUCAACAAUGGGUACACCGUUCAUGUGGUCGCCGAUUGUUCAUUGUCGCGUACCCAGGAGGACCGUAAGCUGGCACUGGAACGACUGAAACAAUAUGGAUGCUUUGUGUCCACUAGUGAAAAUGUAAUUUUCAAACUGAUGAGGGAUAAACAGCACCCUGCAUUUGACAGCGUCAAAGGACUGGUAAGGGAGCCAUCGGUUGAUACCGAGCUAUCAAAACUGUAAGUGACAUAUUGUAAACGAGACACACACACAGUGCAUUUAAAUUUCAUAACGGGCUGGCAAUUAUUUAACAAAAUAAAUGUUUUUUAAGAGAAGAGGUAAAGUAUUUUGAACUGGAAAUAUAUGUUGUAUUGUAAUGCAUUUAUAA